AUGCUUGUGGUGUUGCACGAUCUUGUUUGUACACACCUAAUCCCCAAGAUCUCGAGUGCCAAGAUCCAGCGGACUUGGAAUGCAGAGAUUUGUUGCUGUGUGGUAGAAAAUCCGCAGCGGUUCGGGUCUGCAUGGUACUUCGCGGGAGGGGCGAUCGGGUUUCCACCAUGCUACGCAGUAUCCUCCCGCAAGACCCGGCCGGACAUCAACGGACCAUUCGACCAUCCGGCCAAGUACUAUUUCCAAGGUGCAAAUGGAGAGCUCAAGUCGCCGAACCACGAUCCGCCGUGGCUCGGCUUGCGCUCGGAAGCGGCGGGCAAGGUCAGGGCCGGCCCGGAAAUGUGGGCCGAAGAUCGCCGUGGCGACCGGUCGGUCGUCCGGGUGGGUCCCCCGGCUGCAAAUACGGUCGGCUGCCGGUCAAAGGGCUCAGGUCGCAUGGGCCGGGCUCGAACGUCUGGCGGCGGCCGGUUGAGGCUAUUUUUGUCAGAUCACUUUUUUACGGACAAACCUCCAUGA